AUGUUUCCCAAACCAGGCUUGACUAGAACACAGGCCCUCCAGUUGGGGCGUGCGGCGAGAGCCAGCCGCAUCCGCAUGUUGAGUGCCCCCCACAGCAAGAAGCCGAUGCCAGACCAUCAGCCUCAAGCUGAGCAGACGCAAACCCAAACGCUCCUGCCCCACUCGGUCUUCUACAGACAGUUCAGCAAGCCGUUCGCUAAGAUAUGCUUGCUCUCCAUAGGCACCUACUAUUUGUUGCAUGGGUUAUGGCAGGUGUUGGACGACAAUGACCCCGAGUCUGGCCUAGUGGAGAAGGUCUAG